CCUUGUUCCGAUACCGACUCUACACCGGUCGGGACGAUAACCUUCCUUCGACCGCGUCGUGUCGAUAACCGAGAAAUCGGGAUCGCAGCGAAGAGAGAGAGAGAGAGAAAAAGAGCGGAUCGUUUGAAAAAUAUUACGAAACAUGGCUCUUGUCGUGCCUGCGACGGCAUCAUCGGAUGACCUAGUCUCGUCAAACGAGAAUCCUUCGUCAAACCCGAUCCCUGGGUCCUCAGCAGAUGGACAAUCCUUGUGCAUCCUUGUAACCAGUUCUAUAUACAGGUUAUGAGAAAAUCAAGGCGGAAGAAUAUAUAAAUGUACCUAUGCAUAUACAUACGAGGAGGAAGAAUGCGCCAAGAGCAGUCGAGAUCCGCGUUUCCUGCUAUUAAGAUCAUCACCGAUAUCAUUAUCGUGUCGGGAAAUAUCAACUCUUGUGCGCGGCUACUGUCAGUCCGAAAGAAAAUGUUUGUCGUAACUUUCAUUCUGGCAUUUGUCGUAGCUUACGUGUCGGCGGAAAUACCCUCCUAUAUUCACGUGUGCGGCCGCAAGGAUCCGAAUCCCGGUGAUUGCAUCUUGAGGAAUGUUGAGAAUCUUAAAAGCAAAAUAUGCGAGGGCAUACCGGAGCUUAGCGUUGAGCCACUUGAACCGCUGUACAUCGACAAAAUUGACGUUAUCAGUGCAGACAAUGUCAAAAUAUUUUUCGCGGACGUGUACAUAAGCCACCUCUGCAAUUUCGAAGUAAAAUAUUUCCAUUCGGACCUCGAGAAGAAACAUUUCGACGUUAAUCUUUUAUUUAAGCGAAUCGAUAUAAACAUGACGCACAACAUGAAUAUCACCAAAUUAUUCGGAUUGACUGUUGACUUGAAAGGAAAAGAAAUUCAUAUUACUUCAGAUAACGUGUUGGCGAAAGCGGGCAUUGACCUCAAUGUGGUGAAUAAGAACGACAAAGUAUACGUGUCAAACAUAAACCUGGAUAUUGAUAUCAAAGAAUAUGAGGCGGACCCCAGCUCGUACAGCAAAGAAGAAUCUAUUCUGACGUAUGGAGUAGGUAAUAGCUUCAUAGGCAAUAACCAACCACAAAUGCUCAUGGUGUUGAAGCCGGUCUUAGAAGAUGCCGUUUCCAAGCAAAUUUUUCGACUUGCCAAUGCGAUAGUCAAACAAUUCACUUACGACGAGCUCUUCCCCGAUCGAACAUAAGAUCCAUCAUAAGUCAAUCCGCCGUCUGACCUGAUGCAAUUGAUCGUUUAUAUGCAAGAUAAUUAAAAACGGUGACACUCGAUGGUAUAUUAAAUUUAACCUUCGACGGUAAAUAUUUCGUUAUUCUUGCGAACCACUGCUAACCACUAUUCGUUCCACUUUUGCGAGUGAUUCGCUGAGAGGAGAAUAAUGUUCCUCCUCUGUCAUGUGGUUAGUGCACAUUGCGAUUAAUAUUCAUCGUAGAGACAUAAAAGCACAAAAAAAGUCUAUUCUUUAUAAUUGUACUUGCCUGAUUUAUUUAUCUUGCAAUCUUUCUUCCUUCUUCUUCUUCCCUCCAACUUGAGCGUCGGGCAUGUAUCUACUUCGUUUUAAGCAUAGUAUUAGAAUGGACGAAUAAAAGAUGGAUAAAUAA